AUGGACAACCUCCUCCAAUGGCUGGACGACAAUGAUGAUGUUCUUGCCUCCCUUCAAACAACAAUGGCCUUAAUUCUCAAGACAAACCAAAAAAGGAACGUGGUGGUUCAACACCUGGAAGAAGGGAAAUUUACCGGAAUCACCUUCAAGGACACCAGCAACUUUACAACAAUUACUUUGCCAAGGACUGUGUUUAUCCCAACUACCUCUUCCAUCGCCAAUUCAGGAUGCGCAGGAGUCUUUUCCUCAAAAUUGUUGAAGAUAUUGAAACAGCCGAUUGAUACUUCCAACAAAAGCAAGACGCAGCUGGAAGGCUUAGGUUUUUGGCUCUUCAAAAAGGCACUUCAGCCAUGCGGAUGUUAG